AUGACAUUUUUUACAUAUUCUCAAACGCCUAUUAAUAUUGCAAUUAUUGAUGACAAUCAUUAUCCCACAGGAUUUCUCAAUAUCGUCAUACCAAACGUAACAUUUUGUAAUUAUUAUGGUUUAAUAUUACGAACUCAAUGGAUUAAUUCACCAUAUUCAUUAACUGAUCUUAUCGAUCAACUUGAAUCACAAGUAAAUCAAACAAAUAUUUAUUUAUCACGUACAAGUAAAUUUUCAACAAAAUUAGUUCAAGAUUUUUGUCAAACAUAUCGUAUACCAUUUGUUAGUAUGCAUUCAUUUGGAAGUAUAACAACAACAUCAUUUAAUUAUGAAUAUUCUGUUAUGCCUCAUAUUCUUCGUGUAUUAAUAAGUUAUUUAAAAUAUCAUCAUGUACAAAAUGCUGCAUAUAUUUAUGAUAAUAAUGAAGCAACACAUCAUAUAUAUGAAUUAAUUCAAUUAAUGAAUAAUGAUGAAUAUUUUAAUGAUUUUUCAUUAAAUAUAAGAACAGCACGUUAUCAAGAUGUUUAUUCAUUAUUAUAUAGUAUUGAAAUUCAUUCGAUUAAUAAAGAACGACGAGCAAAAUAUAUUUUACUUGAUUUUGAAUCAUCUUUAGAUUAUGAAAGAAUGUUUAAUAAAAUUUCACAUAUGGGUCUUACAAGUGAUUUAUACUAUUAUGUAAUGCUCUCAACUUUUGAUACUUGUUUAUGGAUGAAAACUAUGAAUUUUACUGGUCGUUUAAUUUAUUUUGAUUAUCAAGAACGUGAUUGUACAUUUGAUUAUCAACAAUCUUCUAACUUAAACGAAAAAUCUUCAUUAUCAUCAAAAUCUAAACAUCAUUCAUCAUAUUAUCGAUCAACACUAUCAUUACGUAGUGAUCAUGAUCUUUAUAACUUAUCAAAUUCUACUCAAUUAAUCACAAAUAAUUCAUCAUUAUCAUCAAAUGUAUCGAAUGAUACAGAUAUAAAACUCAAUUCAUGUAAUAAUAAAAUUAAUAGAAAUCAUGAAUAUUUUUCAUAUUCAUAUUUUCUAUCACAAUUACCUAAAACUUAUCAAUUAUAUUCGCGUUCAUUAUUUAAUUCAUUAAAUUUAAUUAUAAACAUUCUUAAGACAAACAUAAUUGACUGUAAAACUUUACGUAUAAAUGGAAUAGAAAAGAAAUCAAUGAAUUUAAAUAUAACUGAUGUUAAUAUAUAUUCAAUAAAAAAAUCAAGUUCUAAUUUAUUGAAAGGACAAAUUGAACUUAUUGGUAAAUAUUCAAGUAUUCAUGAUGAAUAUCAAUCAUGUCAUACAAAUAAACGUAAAGAUUUAACACGCAUUCAAAUAGGAUCAUCAUCAUCAAAAAUUUAUUAUAUAACAAGUUUAUUUGAUGAACCAUUUCUUAUGUUACGUAAUCGAACAACAUAUCCUACAAAUUAUAAUGAACCAGAUAUUGAUUUAAAAAAAUUACGUGGUCAUGUAUUUGAUUUUCAUGAAUUAGACGGAUUUUGUUUGAAUUUAGCUGAAAAAGUUUGUUCAAUUUUAAAUAUUACAUGUAAAUUUCGUAUUGUUCAAGAUGGUGGUUUUGGAAGUAAAAAUCCUACAACAGGCACUUGGGAUGGAAUGGUUGGUGAAGUUGUAUCUCGAGUAGCUGAUAUGGCUAUUGCUCCAUUAACUAUUAGUCAAAAACGAAUGGAAGUUGUCGAAUUUAGUAAACCUUUUAUGAAUCUUGGCAUUUCUAUCAUGAUUCGAAAACCUGAUGCAGAAAAAGCGGGUGUAUUUUCAUUUAUGAAUCCUGUUUCAAUGGAAAUUUGGUUAUGUUUUUCAUUAGCUUAUUUUGCUGUGAGUGUUGUCUUAUUUCUUACAUCACGUGUUGUUAAUUCUGGUUGGCGUCGACGUGUUGUUCGACGACCAUCUUAUCGUUCAUAUUCAUAUCCAAAAAGUCUUAAUGAUAGACGUAAAAGUCAAAUACAACUACAACGUCAAAAACAAAAUUCAAAUGAAUCACUACAUUCAUCUGAAAUACCUGUCACACUAGCACCACCAUCACCGAGCUUACCAACUCGACGUCGACAUCAUUAUCAAACACCAAAUAAUAUCCCUAUUCUAUUAAAUGAUAAAAUAAAAACAAAAAACCAAAAAGAUGAAGAUUUAAAAAAAAAUGAUGUUCAUUUAUUUGGUAUUUCAAAUGCAUUAUUUUUUUCAUUUGCUUCAUUUAUGAGACAAUCAAUUAAUCUCGUACCGAAAUCAUUAUCAGGUCGUGUUGCUGCAACAUCAUGGUGGUAUUUUUCAUUAAUUUUUAUUUCAUCUUAUACAGCUAAUCUUGUCGCUUUUCUAACUGUGGAAAAAUUAAUUCCACCUAUUGAUAGUGUAGAAGCUCUCGCUAAACAAGAAGAUAUUAAGUAUGGAUCAGUAAGAAAUGGAACAACAGCAGCUUUUUUCGAAAAAUCAAAUGUGUCUGUUUUUCAACAUAUGUGGGUAGUUAUGCAAAGAAGUUCAUCUGAAGUAUUGGUUGGAACAAAUGAUGAAGGUGUUGCUAAAGUUCGAAAUUCGAAAGGAAAAUAUGCAUUUUUUAUUGAAUCAACAAAAAAUGAAUAUGUUAAUGAACGAUGGCCAUGUGAUACAAUGAAAGUUGGUUCAGAUUUAGAUGCUAAAGGUUAUGGAAUUGCGACCAGGUUAGGUUCAGAUUUAAGUGAAGCAAUUAAUAUCAUUGUAACAAAUCUUCGAGAAUCAGGUUUUAUGGAUAAACUAAAACAGCGUUGGUGGUUUGAACGUUCAGAAUGUUCACAAUCGACCAAAGAUAAACGUUUUAGUAAAUUAAGCCUGUCUAGUGUAACCGGUCUUUUUUAUAUAUUUCUAUUUGGUAUUAUUCUAUCGUGUGUUAUUGCUUUUACGGAAUUUCUUAUCACAGCUAAAGCCGAAUCAGAACAAUUACAAAUUGAUUUUCGAGAAAUUCUUCGUAUUAAAAUGAUCGAGAAUCUUGUUGGUGUUACAAUUAAUGCUCAACGACAAUUGGAAUUUGGUCGUAUUGACCAUGAAUGUAAUUAUUAUUAUCAAAAUGAAGAAGAUGAAAUUAUUGAACAUUAUACACAAUAUCAACUGCAUAAACAACAUAGUGAUGUUUAA